AAUCAUCCUACCCUAAACCAUACUCUGUGUCACGACUGGAUCCAUUUAUUUAGUCUGAACUUUAUUUCUUUACAGGUGACGUGAUUGUGUUGACAAAUGAAAUCGGCUACGUGGCCGCGGGUUAUGUUAAAAAAGAGGAGUCGAUUCCCCUUAAUGGAGUCGAUUCCAACCUUUGGAAUCGACUCUCGAUUCUCAACGCCUCGGAAUCGAUUCUUUAUGGAAUCGAUUCCCAGCCCUAUCUCAGGACACUCACUGACGUAUGAGCAAGUAAACCCGCGCGCGGUAAGAGAGUGAUUCGAAUUAAACGGUCAUUAACUUCAACACUGCUCAGCAAGAUAAGUCAAUCUUCAAAACAUGUUCUUUGAGGAACCAGAAGAGGAACAUUAUGAUCCGUUGUUUCUUCCGUUAUCGGAAUUGAGAUCUAAACGGAGAGACCGGCAGUUCCUCCGCAUCGUGGGAAAGGUGCUAAGACUCAGCUGGCUUAAACACAAGACGCUUGAAGAACGUCAAUCGACUAUCCAACGUCUGAUGCCCUCUUUUGCCAGGAGAUGCAUAGAUAACAACGACUUCCUGUCUUUACAGGAGAUUCUCAAUCAUAUGGAUAUAGAUGCAGCAGAUUAUGAUGGCAACACUGUCUUGCACAGAGCUUGUGAAAAAGGAAACAAUGACAUGGUAUUGCAGUUACUGGCUCUUGGAGCCUCAUGCCAAAUGACAAACCGCUUUGGUUUCACACCUCUGCAUCUUGCCAUAAAAAACAAGCACAAUGACGUGAUCAAGAUUUUGAUGCCGCAGGGAGCCACAGUAACUCUACACCCUGUGCGAAUCGGCAUGGAACUUAUCAAGGCAGUUCGGGCCAAGGACUAUAGGCUGGUGCAUGCAUGGUACUUAGCUGGUACAAACAUGAACGAGCGUGAUUACAACGGACAGACUGCUUUACAUGCAGCAGUGGAGAAGAGGGACAAGCUCAUGGUGUCCAAACUUCUUCAAUAUGGCGCUACCCCAGAGAUUGCUGAUGUUUGGGAAAGGACAGCAGCAGAUGAAGCAAGAGAGAAAAACCUUCAUGACAUUUUGAAGCUCUUCAACCUUAUUGAAAACUGACCCUUCAGCAUCUUUUUUUCAGUCUGCUGUGGAAGUCAGAGAGACCAGUUGACAUCAGAUGCAAAGGCACAUUACUUUUUAGGUUUUAAACAUUUAAACAUGUCAAUUUACAUGUUGGUUCUUAGUAAAGUAGAGCACAACAAAAUGGUUGACUAAACAACUCCCACCUUAAUGUUUACAGAAGAAAUCAACUCAAAUAAAAUGUAUGAUUUAUUCAAAAUGAAAAGCAUUAGUUAGUGCCAUGAAUUAAAAAUGAAACUAAUCCAGGGUCUGUUUGAGUCAUCUUGGUAGAACAUUCCUUUUAGUACAAUUAACAAGUGUACACAUUAAUGUGUUGUCAGUAGGGGUUAAACAACUUCAGAUGUUUUUAAGUCGACGUCAACUAGUCGCUGAUGAUGUCAUUAAUUAACAAAUAAGCCUGAACCUCGAGUAGAUGGAUGGAUCUGACUCGAACGUGGGUUGCCUUGUGUACAGUUAUGGCAUAUGA